AUGGAGGAGAAAACCCAGAGCCAAUCAGAGCAGCAAUUCAAGCUGAGCAGUAUUGAUCGUUACAGUAUAACCAAGAAUGGGCAAAUUCCACAAUGGCUACGCAGGACACUCAUUCGAAAUGGACCAGGCAUGCACAAAAUUGGAGACACUGUCUACAACCAUUGGUUUGAUGGGAUGUCUCUGCUGCAUAGUUUCACUUUUGAAAAUGGCGAGGUAUUCUACAGAAGUAAGUAUCUCCGCAGUGAUACUUACAAGUCUAACUUAGAAGCUAAUAGGAUUGUGGUGUCAGAGUUUGGCCCAAUGGCUUACCCAGAUCCAUGCAAGAAUAUCUUUUCCAAGGCAUUUUCCUAUCUCACACACGUUAUUCCUGAUUUCACUGCUAACUGCUUGAUUAACAUAAUUAAAUAUGGUGAGGAUUUCUUUGCUUCAUCAGAGGUCAACUACAUAAGAAGGAUAGACCCUAGGUCACUUGAAACGUUGGAUAAGGUUGAUUACAGAAAAUAUAUUGCUCUGAACCAUGCAACAUCUCAUCCACAUUAUGAUGGAAAUGGAAACACUUACAAUAAGGGCACCUCAAUAGCUGAGAAAGGCAAAACAAAAUACCUGUUUGUGACGAUACCAAAUAUAAAGCCAGAUGACAAGAAGAAGAACACGUGCUUUAACAAUUGUGAAAUAUUAUGUUCCAUUCCUUGUCACUCACUCCUCAGUCCGAGUUCCUACCACAAUUUUGGUUUGACUGAAAACUACAUUGUCUUCAUAGAACAGCCGUUUAAAUUGGAUGUACUUAAAAUGGCUACAGCCUACUUCAGAGGAGUGAACUGGGCCAAUUGUCUGGUGUGGCACCCAGAGGACAAGACUUGCAUUCAUAUCAUAGACAGAAAAACAAAGAAGGCUUUACCAACAAAAUUCUACACAGAUGCACUGGUUGUUUACCAUCAUGUCAAUGCAUAUAAGGAAGACAACCAUGUUGUCUUUGAUAUUAUUGCAUAUGAAGACAAGAGUUUGUACCAAAUAUUCUAUUUAGCAAACAUGACUUUGCCUGACAGUGAAUUUGAAGCACAAGGCAAAUGCUUCAGUCUUCCAUCUUGCAAAAGAUUUGCAAUUCCUGUGGAACAUAACAAGAACACAGAGUUGGGCACAAACAUUGUUGGACUUGGAGGCACAAAUGCGUAUGCACUGCAAGAGAAAGAUGGAUACAUCUACUGCAAGUCUGAAGUGUUGUUUGAAGGUCUGGAGUUACCUCGCAUAAAUUAUGAUUACAGUGUCAAGAACAGAUAGAUUUAUGCAUCUAGAGUUGAGUGGCAACCAAUUCCGACAAAGAUAAUUAAAUAUGAUAUUCAGACCAAAAGCUGCCUUGAGUGGAUGGAAGAAAAUUGCUGGCCAGCAGAGCCAGUGUUUGUCAAAGCUCCAGAUGCCAAAGAUGAGGAUGAUGGUGUCGUACUUUCUUCCAUCGUUUCUGCUGAUGCCAAGAAAUCUUCACUUUUACUUAUACUUGAUGCAAAGACUUUCAAGGAACUUGACCGUGCCUCGGUUAGCGCUGAUUUACACCUUGACCUGCAUGGCAUAUUCAUUCCUGAGGAGGAGCUGAGUACAAAACAAUAA